AUGAGCAGAUUCGUCCGACCGAGUAAAUACCGUCAUACCUAUUCGCAACAGGCGAAAAAGGAGCACAACUAUGAGAACUUGAAGGUCUCCACCUCGGCCUGGGAUACCGACCUGAUCAAAGCCAACCCCAAAUUCCUCUCUAUCAACUACCAAGCAUCCGGUGGUGGAGCCUUCCUUGUCCUCCCCCUUCUCUCUCCCUUUUCCGCCCCAGCGAUCCCCACCCCGAAACUCCCCGACCUCCUCCCCCUCUGCCGAGGGCACAGCGGACCGGUAUUGGAUACCGCUUGGCACCCGCACAAAGAAGCUGUAUUGGCGAGCGCAGGGGAGGAUGGCAAGAUCUUCCUCUGGAACUUUGAGAGCGAGAUCUCCAACUCUGCUCGUGGGUCCGAAGGUACCGGAUACUCUGGCAAGUUCAGCGGAUGGGGGGAAGAGAACUGGACGACCCCUUCGGAUUGGGAACAUACGGCUUUUAUCCCCAAAGCCGGUCAGGGGAAAAAGGUCGGACAGGUCGUCUUCAACCCCGUAGCUUCGGGGUUGUUGGCCAGUGCUAGUGGGGACCACGUCGUCAGGCUUUGGGACGUGGAUUCGGGCAAGUUUGACGAGGCGCUCGUAGAGCUCAAGGGGCACAAGGAUACCGUACAGAGCGUCUGCUGGAAUUAUACCGGAGAUCUGCUCAUCACCACCUCCCGAGAUAAACAAAUCCGGAUGUACGACCCCCGAGCGGGUUCCGACCCUAUUAAACAGGCCGACGGCCACGGUGGGAUCAAGGGCUCCAGGGUCGUCUGGUUGGGCGAUCGGGAGAGGGCGGUGACGACCGGGUUCUCCAGGAUGUCGGACAGACAGAUGAUCCUUUGGGAUACGGCGACUUUGAAGCCGAUCUCGACGGAGAAUAUCGAUAGCAGUUCCGGUGUCAUUAUGCCGCAUUAUGUCGAGGGCAACUCGGUCUUGUUGUUGGCCGGAAAGGGAGACGGGAACAUCAGGUACUACGAAUACGCUGACGACGAGCUGUUCUACUUGAACGAACACAAGAGUGCCGAUCCUCAACGAGGGUUCACCCUCUUGCCUCGACACGCUGUCGAUGUCGGACAAAACGAGAUCGCUCGUGGAUUCAAGCUCACUACGAGCACCGUCGAACCGAUCGGAUUUGUCGUUCCCCGUAAAGCUGAAAGCUUCCAGGCAGACAUCUUCCCUCCUGCUCCUUCCGAUGAAGCCGCAUUUACCGCCAAGGAAUGGAUGGAUGGCAAAAAGGGUCCUCCCAAGUUGAUCGACAUGGAGUCA